AUGGCACUAACAACAUUCGACCUUGAGAAUGCGAGCAACGCAAUCCGAAACUCUGGCUUCUAUUGCGAGAAAGACCCGGAGUUGAGGACACCUUUGUUGGACAUGGGGCCGAAGAGCUGCUUGUCUGAAGAAGGCCUAGAGUUUUGUAAACUUCAUGUUUUAAGAGAUAAUCGCGUACGAACGAUUCUUGAGUCCUUCCUUCCCUGGUGCAGUCUUGGUCGAUACCGGAAAUUCCACAGUGACGCGGGGCACAUCUUUCAGUUCAGAGGCGGGGGCGAGAAGGCGGGUCGACAUGUUCUGGUCGUUCAACUGUGGGGUGAGGGCUCCGAGGUUGUCUUCUUCAACCGCUCUCAUACAUACGAGUUACCAGGUGUUCAUGCCUCUAAUGGCUUGUGGGAGGUGCCAUAUGCUGCCUUGGAGUCAACGAAGUGCGCUGAAGGAUCAGAAAUCAUCUUCCAGCAGGGUGGCAUAACUAUCCAGGACGCUCGCGUGGCAUUCGAAAUUAGGAAAGGCACUCCGAUAGCGACAGUAUUUGCGAUGCGUGAUGUUAUCACAAAAUGGGCUAAAGUUGUUCUUCCAAACACGCCCCAAAUACUACAUAAGGUCGCCGAGUUGCAAAACGAAAGCGAAAGUAUUGGAUUUCACUUUGAGUAUGAUGCAAGGAAAUGA